ACAGCGCGUAAACAGACAGCGGAAACUGCGCUUGGUUUUUCUUCUCUCAGCCGAAUAGUGUCGUUUUGAAAAAGAAAAAUCUUUCAACUUUACCACAAACACGGAAGAAUUACUGGAUUUGCCCCCAUUAAUGCCGUUUUCCUACUCCUGUGGCUCUCCAGACGUGGCAUGAUCCGUGUCUGUCUGCAGGACAGGUGAAUACUAUUUUCUCUUGGUUGGUUGAGGAACCUUUUUUUUUUUUUUUUUUUUUUUUUUUUUUUUUUUUAAACCAGGGAACCGUAAAAAUGUCAAAGCCGGUAGAUCACAUAAAGAGACCCAUGAACGCCUUCAUGGUCUGGUCAAGAGGCCAGAGGAGGAAAAUGGCACAAGAGAAUCCCAAAAUGCACAAUUCAGAAAUAAGCAAAAGACUUGGCGCCGAGUGGAAGCUGCUCUCUGAAUCCGAGAAGCGACCGUACAUCGACGAGGCCAAGAGGCUGAGGGCUCAACACAUGAAAGAACACCCAGACUACAAAUACAGACCCAGGCGCAAACCCAAGAACCUCCUCAAGAAGGACAGGUACGUGUUUCCUCUGCCCUACCUGGGCGACACGGAUCACCUGAAAGGAUUUUCGGUCUCAGCCACGGACUCGCUCUUAGGUUCGUCGGAAAAAGCCCGUGCGUUCCUGCCACCCACAUCAGCCCCUUACUCUUUCCUCGACCCGAGCCAGUUCAGCUCCAGCGCUAUCCAGAAGAUGACAGAGAUGCCCCACACUUUGGCCACCAGCACUUUACCUUACGCAUCAUCUCUGGGAUACCAGAACGGCGCAUUCGGGAGCCUGGGUUGCCCCAGCCAGCACACCCACACCCACCCGUCGCCCACAAACCCUGGGUACGUGGUACCGUGUAACUGUACCGCAUGGUCGGCAUCGAGUUUACAGCCGCCUGUUGCCUACAUACUGUUCCCAGGUAUGACCAAGAGUGGGAUUGACCCGUACUCAUCAGCACAUGCCACUGCUAUGUGACUCCACCACUAAAAACAGUCUCUUUUGAAAACUUGAAUACAGCAAUGCAUGUACAUAAGAAGAGAAAAAUGAUCAAGACAUUUAUAAUGAGGCCGUGUAGACAUGAACUUUUCACCGUCUACGGGAGGUUCAUUGGAUCCCAACUUGGAUCUCGGAAUAAAUGUAAGGCAGGUGCCCAGAAUUGUAAGAAAUGUAAAUGUUCAAACGUUUAUUAUUAUGGCUACCGGAUUUGGAUGCCUUUCAUUUUAUUUAUUAUGUACAAUUUGAUGCUAUAAAAAUGCUACUUUUGUUUGAACACUUAAUAUAAUUGUUGUUCUCAUCAUAUUAUGAGUAUUAUUCGAAUGACUUUGAUUUGCACAGAUAACGGUUAGGAUUCAUGUUUCUUGUACAGCCUGUUGUAUUUACCGUUCUUUUUGGCACUCUGAAAAUCAAAUGAUAAGACUUUAAGGAUUUCAAACUGAGGAUUUUAGCGUUUAAUAGAUUAAUACGGGUUAUAUUGUUUAUAAUGAUCAAACCGGCACCUAA